AGUGUACAGCAAAGGAUAUUAAAUCUAAGCACGAAUGUGCACUUGAAACGCUAGUACAAAUAUCAGUGUUUAGCAGAUAGACCUUAACACAUACUGAUAGCAAAUAAACGGAGCUGUUUUGAUGGGAGACUAUUGUUUAUGUUUGAUUUUAAUAUUCCUCAUGCUCCUGACUUUUUUUUUUCUUUGAAACAGAGUCUUGCUCUUUCACUCAGGCUGGAGUGCAGCAGUGUGAUCUGGGCUGACCGAAACCUCCACUUCUCAAGUUGAAUUUAUCCUCUUGCCUCAGCCUUUCUAGUAGCUAGGACUACAGACAUGAACUUAUGAAUUCAAUAACUGAAGAUUUACAGCUUGAUACACCAGUUUCAGGAGCAAAGGAAGAACAGUGUGCCAGAAUCACCAAAUGAAGAAAGACAGUGGAUCAGCUUUUCUGCAAAAAAUUUGGCUUCAUGUGUCCCAGACCAAGUCCCCAUUUCCCUCUCCAUGAGCUCCUCUCGGUCUACCGGCUGCCCAAGCCAGAUAGAUGCCCAGGAGUUACUCUGAGAGAUGGGAUCAUGCUGUGUCGCCCAGGAUGGUCUUUAACUCCUGGCCUUAAGUGAUCCUCCUGCCUCAGCUUCCCAAAGUUCUGGGAUUAUAUGCAGAGUCUUGCUCUGUCACCCCGGCUGGAUUGCAGUGGUAUGAUCUUGGCUCACAGCAACCUCUGCUUCCUGGCUUCACGCAAUUCUCCUGCCUCAGCCUCCUGAGUAGCUGCGAUUACAGGCACCUGCCACCACUCCAGGCUAAAUGUUGUGUUUUUAAUAGAGACGGGGUUUCACCAUGUUGGCCAGGCUGGUCUCAAACAUUCAACCCGUGAUCUGCCUGCCUCGGUCUUUCAAAGUGUUGGGAUUACAGACAUGAACUUACUAAUUCUACACGUGAAGAUUUACAACUUGAUAAACCAGCUUCAGGAGGAUGGAGUGCAGUGGUGUGAUCUUGGCUCAUGGCAACCUCCGCCCCCUGGGUUCCAAGAAUUCUCCUGCCUCAGCCUCCCGAGUAGGUGGAAUAACAGUUACAGCUCAAGCUGUAAAAGCCAAAGGUGCAGGAUGAUCUUGUACUUUUAUUCCAGUCUCACGUUGAAGAUCUUUCUGUAGAAGGACUUCCCAAAGGAUUGUUUUUUUCUGAGACAAAGUUUUCACUCUUGUCACCCAGCGUGGAAUGCAGUGGCGUGAUCUCGGCUGGCUGCAGUCUCUGCCUCCUGGGUUCAAGCAAUUCUUUUUCCUCAGCCUCCUUAUUGGCCAGGCUGGUCUCAAAAUCCUGAGUUUGUGAUUUACCUGCCUUGGUCUCUGAAGGUGUUGGGAUUACAGGUGUGAGCCAUUGUACUCAGUGCGUAUUUUACAUAUUUUUAUCUUUCAUUUUUCUGGGUCCAACACUAAAUCAUGCCAGUGUUAGCUUUUGAAACAUGAGCACUGCCCACAUCUGACUGGCAUGCAACUGACAUUUUGUUUUAGCGUUCUGAUUGGGUCCAUCUGAGGGGGGCUCUGUGAUGUCACAAGGGUGGGUUUUCAGGGAAGUCACAGGGACAGUAUGGGCCUGGAGCUGUGUUGCCUUCUCCUCAGAGUGAAGCCUGGUAACUGCAGUGUCUCAGCUAGGUCCUGUGUGUUGCUGGCUGGAAAAGGGCAUUUGACCAACUCUGAUCCGGAUAUUGAAAAACAAAGUUUAAUCUUUGAAGAUUGUUUUUAAGACCAAAAAUUUGAAGGACAUGCGAAUGAUCUGUGUGUGGAAGAAGUACUGGAAGACAUUCCUUUCAGAAGUCCCUCAUGAUAGGGAAUCCCAAGGCUGGAAAACAUCAUUCAAGUGGGCAAUCAAAUUAAAUUUGUUAUGAAAAGCCACCCUGAGUGAAUCCCAGCACUGCCAUAUAUAAAAUAUAUCCUUCGUUAUAUUUCCUAUUUGAUGUCUGACUCCCCCUCCUCCUUCACUAACAUAUGGAAAUGUGUCAGGUACCAGCUAUUCGUCCAAUGACUGCUCCUGAGUUCCAAAUUCACCCUUCACUGCCUGCUCUGCAAACAUAGAGGCUGGAGCACGGCGGUGUGAUCUCGGCUCACUGCAGUCUCAACCUCCCGGGCUUAAGCUGUCCUCCUGCCUCAGCCUCUGGGGUAGCUGAGGUAUGACCACAGCCUCAGCCAAGAUGUCUCACCCCAUUCUCUAUGAUGCGACAAGAAGCCCCUUGGGAGCAUUUCAGUCCCACUCUGUACUUCUGUCAUUGUGCCCCUCACAGUCUGUUAAAUUUAAAUUACAUCUUAUCAAGAUGGAUAAACCCAAGUUUUCCAGAGCUGGAAUAUAGAAAAUGGAUUGACCUAUAAGUCCUACUCACCCAUAGCCAAGGCAUGGAGACCUCAACACACCUGGGCCCUAGACAUCACCUUUCAUUAAUGUCUUUUUGUCACUUCCAGCUGGAUCUACCAUGAAAGACAUCAGAGUUCAGGAGGAGACUGGGCAUCAUGUUACUCAGAUGGAGUUUUGCUCCUGCUGUGUGCUCCUGCUGGCCUCAGGAGGCCCGAGCAUUGGGUCCUGAAGUCGGCCUCUCCAGGCCCAGCUCCUGCUCUCCUGGCGUCUCCUCCACAUGGGUGCAAGAUAUCCUCACAUGGGUGCCUCCAGGGCCAGCUGCUGCCUCCCAACGGCCCCCUGGGGCCCAGCUUCUGCCUCCCCUCAGCCUCUCCGGGAGGUCCAGCCUAUGCCUCCCUUCUGGUGGCCUUUCCAGGCCCGGAUCCUCCUCCUGGCCUCAUCUACUGGACCACGUCCUGCCUCCCGGCAGCUGCUUUUUGCUCAGCUUCUUACCAGCUUCCAGCGGCCUUUCUUCUGUAGGCCCGAAGCUUUCUCAAGUGGGGCUUUUCGGGCCUUUGUUCUGCCUCCUGGUGGCCUGGACUGGCCCUGUUACCACCUGACAUUGGCCCCAGCGGGCCCAGCUCUGGACUCUCCGCAGCCGCCCCAUCACCAGCUGCUCCCUGAUGGUGGCUUCCCCAGGCCAAGGUUCUGCCUGCCUUCCUACCUGCCUGCCUGCCUGCCUGCCUGCAUUCUGGCUGCGUCCACAGGCCCAGCACCCCCUCACACUGGCCUGUUGGGGCCCAGCUCAUGCCUGUGGCAAACCUCUCCGGACCCAGCUCUCGCCUCACUCUUGCCUUGAGUCUAGGCCCAGGCACUCCCUCGCAGGGGUCUUCCUCAGCCCAGCUCGCCUAUCAUGGACUCUCCCAGGCCAGCUCCUGCCUUUCAGCGGCCUGUUCAGGCCCAAAGCUUCCUCUUUGGGCCCGGCCUCCCCAGGCUUAGCUCCUGCUUGCGCCAGGCCCAUACCGGGCCCAGCCUCUGCCUUUCAGUGGACCCUCCAGGCCCAGCUCAUGGCAUCACCGUGGCCUCUGCUCAGGCCCACCUCCUGCCUCUGUGGCAGCCUGUAUCCACAGGCCCCGCCCCCAGCCUCCACGUGGCCAUAUCAGGCCAAGCCGGUGCCUCCCGGUGGCCCUCCUGCACCCAACAUUGGCCUGCUGGCAUCCUCUCCGUGCCCAGAAUGUCUUCAGGUUGGCCUUUCGGGGCCCAGCUCCUGCUCUCGGCCGUGUCUAUGGGCUCAGUGUUUGAAUUUGCCUCGCAGAAACCUCUGGGGACUCAGUCCCUCCCCAGCUCCUGGCGGCCUUUGUAGGCCCGAAAGCUCAGGCCCUCGACUCAGGCUCUCCAGAGCCACCCAGCUCAUGUCUCACGCUGGCCUCUCCAGGCUCAGCUUCUGCCCUCCCAGGGCAUCUCCAGGCCCCAGACGUUCCUGAGUCAGCUUCUGCUGGCCCGGCUCCUGCUGCCUCAUCCUGCUGGCCUCGGGAGGCCCAAGCAUUGGGUCCUCAGGUUCAUCUCUGUAGGCCCAGCCUCUGCCUCCUACUGGUGGCCUCCGCACACCUGGAUCGUCCUGCUGGCUGUAUCUACCGGCCGACAUUUUGCCCCCUGGCAUCCUCUUUUGGCUCAGCUCCUGGCCAGCUCACGACGGCCUUUCGUCUGUCGGCCCGAAGCUUCCUCAGGGCUUUUGGGGUGUCCCUUCUGCCUCCCGGUGGCCUUGACAGGCCCAGCUACAUCCUGACAUUGGCCUCUCCAUGCCCAGUUCUGGUCUCCCUACAGCACCCCCAGCACCAUCCACUGUCUGUCGGCCACUUCCCCAGGCCAAGAUCCUGCCUACCUCCCGACUUUGUCCACAAACCCAACGCCUCCCUCACACUGGCCAGUUGAGGCCCAACUUGGCCUCUAGCAGAUGUCUCUGGACUUAGCUAUCGCCUUGUACUGGCCUUGAGUCUGGGCCCAGGCCACAGGCCCCAACUUUGCCCCCGGUAGCCUUUUUUUUUUUUUUGAAACGCAGUUUUGCUCUUCUUACCCAGCCACGAGUGCAAUGGUGUGAUCUCGGCUCACCUCAACGUCCGCCUCCUGGUUUCAGGCAAUACUCCUGCCUCAACCUCCUGAGUAGCUGGGAUUACAGGCAUGCGCCACCAUGCCCAGCUAUUUUUUUGUUUUUUUUUUUCCUUCCUCGCACCGGCUUUUCUUAGCCCAGCUUGCCUCUCAUAAACUCUCUGUUCAGCUCCUGCAUCCCAGUGGCCUGUCCAGGCCCGAAGCUUCCUCUCCAGGCCUGGCCUCUCCAGGCCUGGCUCCUUCCAGCACUAAACCCCUCCGGGUUGAGCGUCCGCCUCUCAGUGGACCCCGGAGACCCAGCUUGUGGCCUCAUCGUGGGCUCCGCUCAGACCAGCUCCUGCCUCUGUGGCAGCCUGUCUCCACAGGCCCAGCUCCUGGCCUCCUGGUGGCCUCCUCGGGCCAAACCGGUGCUCCAGACUGCCCUCUUAGACCCAGCAUUGGCCUGGUGGCGUCCUCUCAUGCCGCAGAAUGUCUUCAGGUAGGCCUCUCGGGGCCCAGCGCCUCCUCUCGGCAGCGUCUACAGGCCCAACUUCUGAAUUUGCCUCACAGCAACUUCUGUGGACUCGGCUCCUGCCCAGCUCCCAACGGCCUUUGUAGGCCCGAACCCUCAGACCAUCGACUCAGGCUCUCCAGGACUACCCGGCUCAUGCCUCACGCUGGCCUCUCCGGGCUCACCUGCCCACCCAGGGUGCCUAGAGGCCCCAGAUGUCCCAGAGUUGGCUUCUCCAGGCCCGGCUCCAGACUCCUCCUAUUGGCCUCUGCAGGUUCAAGCAUUGGGUUCUCAAUUCAGCCUCUCCAGGGCCAGCUUCAGUCCUCCUGGUGUCUCCUUUUUAUGGGUGCAAAACGUCAUCACGUGGGCCCUUCUAGGGCCGGCUCGUGUCUCCCAAAGGCCCCCUGGGCUUACCUUCUGCCUCCCAUCAGCCUCUUCUUGAUGCCCACCCUCUGCUUCUGUACUGGUGUCUUCUCCAAGCCUGGAUCCUCCUCCUGGCCAUGUCUAUGGUCCCAAGCUUUGCCCCUGGCAGCCUUUUUUUUUUUUUUUUUUUGAAAUGCAGUUCUGCUCUUGUUACCCAGCCGUGAGUACAAUGGUGUGAUCUUGGCUCACCUCAAUGUCCGCCUCCUGAGUUCAGGCAAUUCUCCUGCCUCAGCCUCCUGAGGAGCUGGGAUUACAGGCAUGCGCCACCAUGCCCAGCUAAUUUUUUGUAUUUUUUGUUUCUUCCUCGUACCUGCUUUUCUUAGCCCAGCUUGCCUCUCAUAAACUCUCUGUUCAGCUCCUGCAUCCCAGCAGCCUGUGCAGGCCCGAAGCUUCCUCUCUGGGCCUGGCCUCUCCAGGCCUGGCUCCUGCCAGCGCUAAGCCCCUCCGGGUUGAGCAUCCGCCUCUCAGUGGACCCCCACAGACGAGCUCGUGGGCUCAUCGUGGGCUCCGCUCAGACCACCUCCUGCCUCUGUGGCAGCCUGUCUCCACAGGUCCAGCUCCUGGCCUCCUCGGGCCAAACCGGUGCUCCAGACUGCCCUCUUAGACCCAGCAUUGGCCUGGUGGCGUCCUCUCAUGCCACAGAAUGUCUUCAGGUAGGCCCCUCGGGGCCCAGCGCCUCCUCUCGGCAGCGUCUACAGGCCCAACUUCUGAAUUAGCCUCACAGCAACCUCUGUGGACUUGGCUCCUGCCCAGCUCCUGACGGCCUUUGUAUGCCCGAACGCUCAGACCAUCGACUCAGGCUCUCCAGCACUACCUGGCUCAUGCCUCACGCUGGCCUCUCCGGGCUCACCUUCUGCCCACCCAGGGUGACUAUAGGCCCCAGAUGUCCCAGAGUUGGCUUCUCCAGGCCCGGCUCCAGACUCCUCCUAUCGGCCUCUGCAGGUUCAAGCAUUGGGAUCUCAAUUCAGCCUCUCGAGGCCCAGCUUCAGUCCUUCUGGCGUCUCCUCCCCAUGGGUGCAAAACAUCAUCACGUGGGCCCUUCUUGGGCCAGCUCUUGCCUCCCAAAGGCCCCCUGGGCUUACCUCCUGCCUCCCAUCAGCCUCUUCUGGAUGCCUACCCUCUGCCUCUGUACUGGUGGCCUCUCCAGGCCUGGAUCCUCCUCCUGGCCACGUCUACGGGCCCAAGCUUUGCCCCCGGCAGCCUUUUUUUUUUUUUUUUUUUUUUUUGAAACAGUUUUGCCCUUGUUACCCAGCCGUGAGUGCAAUGGUGUAAUCUCGGCUCACCUCAGCCUCUGUUUCCUGGGUUCAGGCAAUUCUCCUGCCUCAGUUGCCUGAGUAGCUGGGAUUACAGGCAGGUGCCACCGUGUUCGGCUAAUUUUUUUUUUUUUUUUUGAGACGGAGUUUCGCUUUCGUUACCCAGGCUGGAGUGCAAUGUCGCCAUCUCGGAUCACUGCAACCUCCGCCUCCUGGGUUCAGGCAAUUCUUCUGCCUCACCCUCCUGAGUACCUGGGAUUAAGUCACACACCACCAUGCCCAGCUAAUUUUUUGUAUUUUUAGGUGAGACGGGGUUUCACCAUGUUGACCAGGAUGGUCUCGAUCUCCUGAUCUCCUGAUCCACCCGCCUCUGCCUCCCAAAGUGCCGGGAUUACAGGCGUGAGUUACUGCGCCUGGACCCCAGCAGCAUCUUUUGGCUCAGCUCCUGGCCAGCUCCCAGCGGCUUUUUGUCUGUCAACCCAAAGGUUUCACAGGUGGGGCCAUCUGGGUGUCCCUUCUGUUGAGGACACCGGGAGGCAGAAGGGACGCCCGAAAGCCCCACCUGAAGAAGCUUCAUGCCGACAGAUGAAAACCCGCCAUGAGCAGGCGAAGAGCUGAGCCGAAAGAGGCUGCCGGGGGCAAAAUUGAGCCUGAAGACGUGGCCAGUAUGAGGAUCCAGGUCUGGUGAGGCUACCAGUAGGGAGGUAGAGGCUGGGCCUCCUGGAGAGGCCACCUGAUGGGAAUCAGGAGCUGGGCCCCAGGGGGCCACUGGGAUGCAGGAGCUGGCCCUGGAGGGGACCACGUGAUGAUGUACUGCGCCCACGUUGGGGGGUGCUGCCGGGAGGGCAGGAGCUGGACCUGCAGAGGCGGACUUCAUGACCCAGUGCUUGGGCCUCCCAAGGCCAGCGGGAGGACAAAGCAGGACUGGGCCUCAGGGCUGAGCUCUGGACUCCCCGCUGCCCCCGCAGCCCCAGCUGCUGCCUGGUGGCUGCUUCCACAGGCCAACAUCUUUCCUGCCUGCCUGCCUGCCUCCCUGCAUCUUGGCUGCAUCCACAGGCCCAGCUCCUCCCUCACACUGGCCAGUUGAGGCCCGAUUCAUGCCUCUGAAAGACGUCUCUGGAGCCAGCUAUCGCCUGGUGAUGGCCUCUACUCUGGGCGCAGGUCCUCCCUCGCACCGGCCUUUCUCAGCCCAGCUCACUUGUGAUGGACUCUCGCAGGCCAGCUCCUGUCCCCCGGUGGCCUGUCAGGGCCCAAAGCUUCCACUCCGGGCCCAGACUCCCCACACCGGGCUCCUGCCUGCACUAGGCCCUUGGGCCCAGCCUCCACCUCUCAGAGGACCUUUCAGACCCCACUUAUGCCUUUGUGGCAGCCUGUUUCCACAGGCCCAGACCCCAACCUUCCCGUGGCCCCCUGGGGCCAAGCCAGUGCCUCCCAGUGGGCCCUGCUGGGCCCAGUGUUGGCCUUCUGGCAUCCUCUUCGUGUCCAGAAUAUCUUCAGUCGGCCUCUUGGGGCCCAGCGCCUCCUCGGCAGCGUCUACAGGCCCAACUUCUGAAUUUGCCUCGCAGCAACCUGUGUGGACUCGGCUCCUGCCCAGCUCCUGACGGCCUUUGUAGGCCCAAAAGCUCGGACCAUCGACUCAGGCUCUCCAGGAAUACCCGGCUCAUGCCUCAUGCUGGCCUCUCCGGGCUCACCUUCUGCCCACCCAGGGUGCCUAGAGGCCCCAUAUGUCCCAGAGUUGGCUUCUCCAGGCUCAGCUCCGGACUCCUCCUAUUGGCCUCUGCAGGUUCAAGCAUUGGGUUCUGAAUUCAGCCUCUCCAGGCCCAGCUUCAGUCCUCUUGGAGUCUCCUCCACAUGGGUGCAAACGUCAUCACGUGGGCCAUUCUAGGGCCAGCUCGUGCCUCCCAAAGGCCCCCUAGGCUUAGCUCCUGCUUCCCUUCAGCCUCUUCUGGACACCUAGCCUCUGCCUCUGUACUGGUGACCUCUCCAGGUCUGGAUCCUCCUCCUGGCCACGUCUACGGGCCCACAUUUUGCCCCCGGCAGCCUUUUUUUUUUUUUUUGAGACGGAGUUUUUCUCUUGUUACCCAGGCGGGAGUGCAAUGGUGUGCUUUCAUCUCACCUCAACCUCCGCCUUUUGGGUUCAGGCAAUUCUCCUACCUCAGCCUCCUGAGUAGCUGGGAUUACAGGCAUGCACCACCAUGCCCAGUUAAUAUUUUGUAUUUUUUUUUUUUUUUGGAGACAGAAUUUUGCUCUUGUUACCCAGGCUGGAGUAGAAUGGCGCAAUCUCGGCUCACCGCAACCUCCGCCUCCUGGGUUCAGGCAAUUCUCCUGCCUCAGCCUCCUGAGUAGCUGGGAUUACAGGCACCCGCCACCGUGCCCAGCUAAUUUUUUUUUUUUUCAAAUGGAGUUUCGCUCUUCUUGCCCAGGCUGCAGUGCAAUGGUGCGAUCUCAGCUCUCCACAACCUCUGCCUCCUGGGUUCAGGCAGUUCUCCUGCCUCAGCCUCCUGAGUAUCUGGCAUUGCAGGCACACACCACCAUGGCCAGCUAAUUUUUUGUAUUUUUAGGUGAGACGGGGUUUCACCAUGUUGAUCAGGAUGGUCUCGAUCUCAUGAGCUUGUGAUCCACCUGCCUCUGCCUCCCAAAGUGCCGGGAUUACAGGCGUGAGUUAUCACACCUGGUCCCCAGCAGCGGUUUUUGGCUCGGCUCCUGGCCAGCUCCCGGCGGGCUUUUGUCUGUCGGCCCAAGGCUUUCUCAGGUAAGGCCUUCCGGGCCUCCCUUUUGCCUCCCGGUGGCCUCAACAGAAGGGACACUUAGAAGGCCCCACCUGAGGAAGCUUCACACCAACAGACAAAAGGCCGCUGGGAGCUGGACUGGAGCCAAGCCAAAACAGGCUGCCGGGGGCAAAACUUGGGCCUGUAGACGUGGCCAGGAUGAGGAUCCAGGCCUGGUGAGGCUGCCAGUAGGGAGGCAGAGGAUGGGCCUCCUGGAGAGGCCACCUGAUGGGAAUCAGAAGCUGGGCCCCAGGGGGACACUGGGACGCAGGAGCUGGUUCUGGAGGGGACCACGUGAUGGCGUAUUGCACCCACGUUGGAUGGUGCUGCCAGGAGGGCAGGAGGGUGACCUGUUGAGGCGGACUUCAUGACCCAGUGCUUGGGCCUCCCAAGGCCAGCGGGAGGACAAAGCAGGACUGGGCCCCAGGGCCAUGCUCUGAACUCCCCGCAGCCUCCCCGGCCCCAGCUGCUGCCUGCUGGCUGCUUCCGCAGUCCAAGAUCUUGCCUACCUGCCUGGCUGCCUGCCUGCAUUCCGGCUGCAUCCACAGGCCCAGCGCCUCCUUCACACUGGCCAGUUGAGGCCCAAUUCAUGCCUCUGAAAGACGCCUGUGGAGCCAGCUAUCGCCUGGCGCUGGCCUCUACUCUGGGCGCAGGUCCUCCCUCGCACCGGCCUUUCUCAGCCCAGCUCACUUGUGAUGGACUCUCACGGGCCAGCUCCUGUCCCCCGGCGGCCUGUCAGAGCCUGAAGGUUUCUCUCUGAGCCCAGCCUCCCCACACGGGGCUCCUGCCUGUGCUAGGCCCUCGGGCCCAGCCUCUGCCUCUCAGAGGACCCUUCAGACUCCACUUCUGCCUUUGUGGCAGCCUGUUUCCACGGGCCCAGACCCCUGCCUCUUCAUGGCCCCCUGGGGCCAAGCCAGUGCCUCCCAGGGGGCCCUGCCGGGCCCAGCGUUGGCCUUCUGGCAUCCUCUUCGUGUCCAGAACAUCUUCAGGUCGGCCUCUCUGGGCCCAGCGCCUCCUCUCAGCAGCAUCUACAGGCCCAACAUGCGAAUUUUUCUUGCAGCAACCUGUGUGGACUUGGCUCCUGCACAGCUCCCGAUGGCCUUUGUAGGCCCAAAAGCUCAGACUACCGACUCAGGCUCUCCAGGCCCACCCGGCUCAUGCCUCAUUAGUGGCCUCUCUGAGCUCAGCUCCUGCCCUCCCAGGGCAUCUCCAGGCCCCAGACAUUCCCAAGUCGGCUUCUGCCAGCCCGGCUCCUGUUGCCUCCUCCUGCUGGCCAUGGGAUGCCCAGUAUUAGGUCCUGAAUUCAGCCUCUCUAGGCCCAGCUCCUGCCCUCCUGGCGUCUCCUCCUCAUGGGCGCAAAACUUCAUCAGGUGGGUUCCUCCAAGUCAAGCUUCUGCCUCCCAAAGGCCCCGUGGGCCCAGCCUCUGCCUCCUGUCAGCCUCUUCGGGAGGUCCAGCGUAUGCCUCCUCUCUGGGGGACUCCCCAGAUCCAGAUCCUCCUCCUGGCCCUGUCUACCGGCCCGUCCUGCCUUCUGGCAGCUUUUUUUGGCUCGGCCCCUGGCCAGCUUUCUUCGGCCUUUCAUCUGUCAGCCAAAGUGUUCUCAAGUGGGGCUUUCCAGGCUGCCAUUCUGCCUCCUGGUGGCCUUGACAGACCCCGCUACCGCCUGAUGUUGGCUGCUCCAGGCCAGCUCUGGACUUCCCGCAGCCUCCCCAGCCCCAGUUGCUGCCUGCUGGUGGCUUCCCCAGGCCAAGAUCCUGCUUGCUUUCCUGCAUCCCGGCUAUGUCCACAGGCCCAGUUCCUCCCUGACACUGAUUCAUUGAGGCCCAGCUCAUGCCUGUGACAAACGUCUCCAGACCCAGCUUUCACCUCGCGCUGGCCUCGAGUAUAGGCCCAGGUUCUCCCUCGCAGUGGCCUUCCUCUGCUGAGCUUGCCUAUCAUGGACUCUCCUGGGCCAGCUCCUGCCUCCUGGCGGCUUAUCCAGGCCCGAAGCUUCCUCUCCGGGCCCGGCCUCCACUUUUCAAUGGACCCUCCAGGCCCAGCUCGUGGCAUCACCGUGGCCACUGCUCAGGCUUAGUUCCUGCCUCUGUGGCAGCCUUUAUUUUCAGGCCCUCCCCCAGCCUUCCCGUGUCCCCAUCAGACCAAGCUGGUGCCUCCCGGUGGCCCUGCCAGGCCCAGCACUGGCAUUCUGGUAUCCUCUUUAUUCCCAAAAUGUCUUCAGGUCAGCCUCUUUAGGCCCAGCUCUUACUCCCUGCUGUGUCUGGAAGCCCCAGUCUUUCCUUGCAAGAAGCAUCACAGGCCCAGCUUCUUCCCACGUCUUGGUAAAUUCUGUACACCUCAGCCUUCCUCAUAUGGACUUUUCAGGCCCUCCUUCGGCCUCCCGGUGGUCCGGACAGACACAGUGCUUUCCUCAAAGCUGUCUAUCAAAGCCUAGAUAUCUCAUGUGGGCCUCCUGAGGCUUAUUUAAUAGCUGUUUUUCAGCCCUUUUGGCAGGUCUUCCUUUCGUACACACUGGCGUCUCCAAGACCAUCUGCUUAGUCAUGUCUGCCUCUGAAGAUGCAACUCCUGUUUUGCCGUGGACAUUUUCACCUCAGUUCCUGCCUCACGAUGGCCUCUUCGGGCUCUUCUCCUGCCUCUUAAGGGACACUCACGUCUCAUCUCCUCUCAUGGUGGCUUUUUCUGCAGUGCACGUGCGUUAUAAUGGCCUCUUGUCGAUCCAGCUCUAUAUGUCUUUGAUUUUCAACUGCAUCUAGAAUCCCAAAGCUUCCCUGCACUCUCGUGUUUAGUUUCUCGCAGUGUGCCUUGGCUAAAUGCCUAUGUCUACUUUUAAUCUUGAAAGUGUAUUUCUGACCGAUUUGUAGUAAAUUCUGCCUGUUUCAUUUUACAGUGUGGUCUGUUUUAUUUAAUGUCUCAUUGUUUUUCUUGUCUUCUGGGAGUUCAGAGCAGAUUAAGCCUCUGCUUUGUCAGUCUGUCUUUGCCCUGGAUAUGGUAGCUGCUCAUUUCAGGUCUUGUUUUUUAUAUUUUUUCCUGUUAACUUUUUAUCCUCAUGCUCUGUCACCCAGGCUUGGGUGUCAUCAUGUGAUCAUGUCUCCACUGCAGCCUUGGCCUUUUGGCCUCCACUGAUUUUCCCCAGUCACCAUCUUCAGUAGCUGGGACUACAGGCAGACGUUGCCAUUUCUAACUAGUUUCUGGUUUGGUUUGAGAAGUUGGUUCUCUGUUGCUCAGGCUGGUCUUUUUUUUUUUGAGAUGGAGUCUCACUCAGUUGCCCAGUCUAGAGUUCAGUGGCAGGAUCUCAGCUCACUGCAGCCUUGGCCUCCUGGGUUCAAGUGAUUCUCCUACCUCAGCCUCCUGAGUAGCUGGGAUGAUAGGUGCGUGCCACCAAGACUGGCUAAUUUUUGUUGUAUCGGGCCGAGCAUAGAAAGUCAACACCAAGACAAAAGUAUGCCAAAUUGCAGGGUUUAUUGCCGGCGACCACAGAGGACUCACGUCUGUCCAGCCCGUGGCAGAGAAAGACGGCUGACAAGAUUUUUUUAUACCCGCAAAACCACCUUGGGAGUGGAGGUGAGGAGUGGGGAUGGGAUUAAAGUCUUCAGACAUUUCAGGGGCUGUAAAUCACCUCGUGGGCAGAGCGGAGGGUGAUGGGGCUCUGGACAGUCCAAGGGCCAGGCGACUUUUGUCAUUCCAGUUGCCACUUAAGUGGUUUACAGAAGUCAAGAUAAACAUUAGUUUAACAUUAUUUGGGCAGGUGUGGGGUCCACAGAUUUUUUAGUUACUUUGCAUCAGGAUGGAAUUAUCUGGGGGUGCUUCCUCUGGUCAUUACCGGUAAACAAAGGCCACCAAUUCUGGCAGUUACAGAUAAGAGAAGGUAUGCAGCUCUACGUCUUUGCAUUCUGCAAAGUAAAUUAGCAGUUUACAGAGGCCAAGGUUAGCAGGUAUUGUGAGGAGAAUGGAAACAGUUUUGUCUUUUAUAAAACGGCAGUGUACAGGUUCUAACUCUAGGCCAGCCAUAUCACAUUGUAUUAUUAAUAUAGAUGGGGUUUCACCAAGUUUUUCAGGUAAGCUGGUCUUAAACUCUUGGACAGCAAUAAUCCUCCUUCCUGGGCCUCUCAAACUGCUGAGAUUACAAACAUGAACCAUCAUCCAUGGCCUGUCCUUUGCUUGCCAUGUACAACUAAUAAUUUACUUUUUCAUUAAUAUACUAUGGUUAUAUACUUUUGUGAAUAUAUAGAUAUUUUAAAGUUUUCUGGGAUAUCAAUUUUUUUUCUUUCUUUUUUGAGACAAGUUACUGCUUUGUCAUUCAGGCUGAAGUGCAGUGGUGUGAUCUCGGCUCACUGCAACUCCUGCCUUCCUGGCUUAAGUGAUCCUCCCACCUUGGCCUUCUGAGUAGGUGGGAGAGCUGCCAUGCCCAUCUAAUUCUUAUAUUUGUGUAGACACAGGGUCUCACCCAGUUUCAAACUCUUGGGCUCAACUGAGCCUCCCCACUCAACCUCCCACUGUGCUGGGAUUACAAGUGUCAGGCACUACACCUGGUCUGCCAUUUUCUCUUUAUGGAUCAUUAAGGAUUUACCUUUUAAUUAGUGUAGUAUAAACACAUGUAGAUAUGUGUGUAUAUAUUUAUAUGUGAAUAUUUGUGUGUAUACCUUUUCGUAGCAUGCACACACACCCCCCAUAAACAUUGUGAAAGAGAUAUUUGCAUACCCAGAAAUUGAUAAGCUGCUUCCAGCUUUUGAAACGAGCCUUAGCACAAAUAGGAAAGAAGUGCAAAGUAUCAUUAUUAAUGACCAUGGACCAAGACGACCCUGAGUCAAUAGUACUUGGCAGCUCAAUGACCUUCCAGUGGAGCAUCUCAAAGGGCUUGAUGUAUCUGAACAUCAUAGCCUUUUGCAUUCAUUAGGAUGCUUUGUAAUUACUUCUCUUGAAACCUCAUUGUGACCCUCAUCAGUGUGGAAUCAGAAACUAUUUCCCAAAUCCUGGCGAUAUUGAAUAACAGCUUUUGUAAGGAAAUAGUUAUUGCAUUUGGUUUGUCAUGACAAUUUCCUGGCCUAGGCAGAUGAAAUACUGCAGGAGUGUGUGUGUGUGUGUGUGUGUGUGUGUGUGUGUGUGUGUGUGCACGUGCAUGUGUGCGUGCAUGCAUACAUUCUUGUACACAGAUAUGUUAGCAGAAGUAGGGGGUUGAAUUUGAUAAAAGCAGAAGGUGGAGGCUGUUGGGAUGGGCACUUGUUUUGGCAGCAGCUGUGUAACUGUGUAAGUCUAGAGUUAAGAAAUAAUUGUGUCAAUUUUCUCUCCCAGAAAAUCAAGAUUAUAAUUCCUGCCUUGAUAUGUCAAUUAGGUGGUCCACUAUAUGCAAAAUACCUAGUAUAUAAUUGGUUCCGAAUAAAUACUACUUUGUGUAGCUCAUUCUUAAUUACUGCUUAAUUUUGAAAAGCUUAGAAUAAUGAUGGCUUUUUAAAAAAUGAUUUGUAAUUAUUAUAAAGUAAUCUAAGUCCUAUUGAAAAGUACAAAGAGGCUGGGCAUGUGGCUCAUGCCUGUAAUUCCAACAGUUUGGGAGGCUGAGGUGGGCAGAUCGCUUGAACUCAGGAGUUCAAGACAAGCAUGAGCAACAUAGCAAGAUCCCGUCUCUAUAAAAAAUUAUCAACCAGUUAUGGUAAUGAGCACCUGCAGUCCCAGCUACUCAGGAGGGUGAGGCAGUGGAUCACUAGAACCCAGGAGUUUGAGGUUUCAGCCUGGCAAACAGAGUGAGACCCUGUUGAGAAAGAGAGAGAGAGAGAGAGACAGAGAAGUAACAAAUGAAAUUUUCAAUUACCAAAAAAUAACUCAACAUUACAUGAUAUGGCUGGGUGCUAUAUCUCAUGCCUGCAAUCUCAGCAGUUUGGGAGGCCAAGGUGGGUGGAUCACGUGAAGUUGGGAGUUCGAGACCCGCCUGGCCAACAUGGUGAGACACUCUCUUUACUAAAAAUUCCAAAGUUAUCCAGGCAUUGUGGAGGGCGCCUGUAACCCCAACUACUUGAGAGGCUGAGGGACAAAAACCACCUGAGCCCGGGAGGCAGUGGUUGCAGUGAGCCGAGAUGGUACCAUUCCACUCCAGCCUGGGUAACAGAGUGAGACUGACUCACAAAAAAAGGUGAUAAUUAAUUCAAAAGUCUUUUUGUACAAAUAGGGAGUUAGAUGAAUAGAUCAAUUGAUAAAAAAUAACUACAUAUUUUGUUUGUGUUUAGUUUAAAUAUAUAUGUUUCAUUUUCCUGAUACAACAGAAGCUGCAGAAACUAAAGUAAGGUGGGAGAAUUUCUGAA